AUGUUCAAGACGUUGAGAGCUGUGGGCAAGAGGGGGAAGGACAAGCUCGCAUCUUCUUCGUCCUCCAGCAAGAAGAGCGGGAGCAAAGCUGCGGACAAGCAGAUCAUCGGGGGUCCGGUGCUGGUGAACGACUCGAGCGACUCACAGCUCACUAAGAACGCUCCAACGCGCCCUAUGACCAAGGUGGACAUCCAUCAGCUGGUGCGAACAAGCAAUCUGGUCGAGAUGAAGAAGCAUCGCUUCACCGACGAGGAAGUGAACCUUCGCAACAACGACGGCCACACCCCGCUACACGCUGCCUGCAGUCUGGACAGAGGCAAUAUCGAAGUCGUGGCGUACCUCAUCUCCCUCGGGGACGACGUGAACGCUACCGACAAAGCUGGAUGGACUCCUCUACACGCCGCCUGUCGAUUUGACGAGACGGGCCACCUCAUCCCUCUCCUUGUGAGCCACGGGGCCGACGUGAACAUCGCCAACACGGAUGGCACGAGACCGUUGCACUACUUUGCUCGCAAGCGCUUGCAGCCGGAGACGCUUGAAUCCAAUGCGCGAGCACUUGACGUCAUGCUUACCGCCGGUGCGGACCUCAACGUCAGAAACGUGAACGACGAAACGCCCCUCCACAGCUGCGUGAUGAAAGGCAACCUCGCAACGCUCGAGCUGCUCAUCAACAGAAGCGCUGACAUCAACGCUGUAAAUAAAGUCGGCGACAACGUACUCCACAAUGCGGUGCUGUGCCAGAAGUUGGACAUGAUCAGCAAACUGCUGCGGAUGGGGAUGGAUCCCACCUUGAGCGCGCCGAACAGCCUGAACGGCAGUCCACUGGACCUGGCCAAGAAGGACACCUCUGCUGCCGGCAAGAAGAUCUACGAACUCCUUACUCGACCAGCGAUUGAAGACGAGGCGGACGAGGUUGCGGAAACAGACAAGAAGACAGACUUGUGGUCGCUGACAAAAGCGGGCGACUGGAACGAAAUCAAGAAGCUCUACGGAUCCGAGGAGAAGCAGAAGGUCGUGCUCCGAGUUACCGAGGAGGAGUUGAAAGCCAGGAACUCUGCGGGCCGGUGUCUGCUGCACUUGGCGUGCAACCAAUCGGAGCCCAAUCGAGAGAUGAUCGAGUACCUCAUCGCCAACAACCCGACCGACAUCAACUGCGUCGACAACAACGGGUGCACGCCUCUCCACUAUGCGUGCAAAAAGAACAACGACGCAGAGACCGUCGUUAUCCUGGUUGUCAAGGGAGCCGACGUGUCGCGAUCAAGCAACGACGGAAUGAAGCCCAUUCACUACUUUGCCCGACGAGCGCUCUUGCCCGAGUCCGUGGUCUCGAACGAGAAGGGGCUCGACUACUUGAUGAAAUUCGGCGCCGACAUCAAUGCGCCAAACAAGUAUGGCGAGACUCCCCUGCAUAACGCCAUCCUCCAGGGCAACCUCCUCAUGGUCCAGCUUCUGCUGAGCAAGGACCCCGAUCUAACGCUAACGAACCGAUACAACGAGAACGUUCUCCACUACGCCAUCAUCUCCCAGAAGAAGGACAUGGUCGACAAAAUUUUGGAUCUCGGCAUCGACCCGCGAGUGGGUUCGGCCACCAACGGCACGCCGCUCGAAUCCGCGAAGCUCCUUUCCUCGGGGCAGGGCAAGGAGGUGUACGAAAUUAUACAGAGAAAGGCGACGAGCCUCGACAUUGCUGGAAUGACAGACGAAGAAAAGCGAGAGUACAAACGUAAGCGAGUCAUUGAUGAGCUGGUCGAGACAGAACGAGAAUACGCGAACGACUUGGGCAUCAUCAUCAAGGUCUACGUGAACCCGUUGAAGACCGUCAUGAACACUGAUGAAGGUCUCAUGGAGUGGCAAAUCGAAGACAUAUUCGGUAACAUCGAGGAGAUCAAAGAGGCGAGUGAUAAGAUGAGCCGCGCCUUGCAGCUUUGCCAAUUGGCCGAUCCCCAGUACUUCGGCCAGGUUUUCCUCAACCGCAUGGAAGACCUGCAGAAGUAUGAAGAGGUGUGCGUACAUCAGCAGAUCGCCACCGAUGCCCUACAGGAAGCACUCCACUCUCACAAGGCCUUCCGAAGCUUCUGCGAGGCUGCCCAAAAGCACAAGGACUGCAAGAAGCUAUCGAUUGAUGCGCUGCUCAUCAAGCCCUUCCAGCGAAUCACGAAGUAUCCACUACUUCUGCGAGAGCUGAUGGGGGUGACGCCGGAGGAUCAUCCCGACUACCCGGACAUUGCGAAGGCCCGCGACAAGCUGGAGGUCCUCAUCAACGUAGCUAAUGAGAAGAAGCGGGUGAUUGAUAGCAAGAUGCUCAUCAAGCAGAUUAGCGACAACCUCGUCUACCGCGACGACGAAGAGCGAUUGGAUCUCACGCUUGACGAGGAGCGAGUCUUCAAACGAGAGGGCCUCUUCAAGAUGUCGUUCAACAAGGAAAAGAUGUUCAAGCGGACGGUCCUCCUGUUCAGCGACCUCAUCCUCUUGUGCCAUGCGGAGAAGAAGAAGUAUGGCUACCACCACUACAUCCCCAUAUCCCAGUGCCGCGUGCAGGACGUCACCGACGGAGCCCUCGAAGGCGGCAAAGCGGUGAAGAACGCGCUGUCGUUGACAUAUCAAGCGAAGCAGCUUCGAGUCGUCAUCUGCAUCGAUUCGGCCGAAACGAAGAAGGAAUGGAUGAGCGCGAUAGCCGAGUGCGCGGCCGCCGAGCCAUUGACUCCCAAGCUUAGACACUCGGACGGCGGCAGCACUGUCGGGGGCGCCAGCGUGAUCCGCAGCAGCCAGACCCUGCCGGCUGCCUUCAAGGGCUUCGGCCUCCGGAAGCACGCGGCGCUCGACGACCAUAGCAACAGCGGCGAUGAGGGCUCUACGUCGCCACGGCACAACAAUGAGGCCGGAGGCAGCAUGAACCGAUCGGCGCCGCCGCUGAGCCAAUCGGACAAGAAGAAGCGUCUCGGGAGCACUACUAUUUCUCCGCCGCCCUCGUCCUCGCUCUCACUGUCGACACCGCACGGCACCACCAGCAGCGGUCCGCCGUCGCCCUCGGGUUCGUCGUCAUCACUGCCGGCCACUGCUCCCCUCGAGCGAAGGACCAGCAAGCUGGGCGAUGACAGCAGCAGCGGCGGUGGAAUAUUGGGCGUUCUGCGGCGGAAAGCGUCCACGGGCGAACGAUUCAAGGGCGGCCCGACGAGUGACAUUGCCGUGUCUUCGCCCAUCGAGGCGUCCCCGACGCGGACAGGCCACGCGAACACGGUGAGCGGCGCGCUGCGCGGCGGUACCACGUCUCACUACGAGCCCGCCGGCGAUCGGUCUCGACCCCGCACCCCCAGCGCGGCCUUGCCUUCGGUCGGCUUCACCACCGGGUCCGCCGUCACCCACUCGCCUUCAUCCGGUUCCUUCCCCGCCAUCUCCUCUACGCCUUCUUCCCCCGCAUGCGCGCGCUUCUCAGCGUCAGCCGACUCGUCGCCGGCAUCAUCGCCACCAACGGGACUGUCCGCAUCGCUGUCCUCCAGCUCUCCAUCGGGCACGCCCAAACGACGCGUGCGUGCGCUCUCCUCCUACAAUACGGCGCCCAACCGACCGCUGCCGUCUCUCCCGUCUGGCGGCGGCGCACAGACCUUCGCGGCCGCUUCUGCCGCCGCACAGGCUGCAUCCUCAACGACGCCGUCGGCUUCUUCAUCGCCGUCACCUCCCGCCGCGCAGAAGGCUUCGGAGCCGGCCGCCAGUGGUCCGCCGAUGCUUGCGGCCUCUCCGUCGGCACGCUCGCUCUCGGUGUCGUCGCUGGGCACCAACUUCAACGUGCCGCUGCCCCUCUCCACGCAACACCCGAUCGCCAAGGCCCUCUUUGAUUUUGUUGGGGACAAGGAGGCCUUCCAGAUCGAUCUCAAGGAGGGAGACGUCGUCACUGUAUUCGAAAAAGACGAGGAAAAGGGCGAUGGGUGGUGGUACGGCGAGUGCAACAAGACGACGGGCUACUUCCCCAGCCACUUUGUAGAACUGCUUUAA